UUCCACCGCUUAGGUCUAUCGCUAUCAAAUUCUCCUUCCUCACCUCACAACCUCACAACCUCAUAAUCCCCACACUUCCAUACCCACCACCACAACCACCCACAAAAAUGCCACCUCCCUCACGAACCCCGCUGACCCUCAUCGUGGCCACCACCCCAAUCCCGAUCCCCAACACGCCCACCCCGCAAAUCCGCCUUGGCAUCGGCCUCAACGGCACGCUCCCCUGGCCGCGCAUCAAAGCCGACAUGACGUUCUUCGCGCGGGUGACAUCCCGGCCACCGAGCCCCGGAACCACCAACGCGAUCAUCAUGGGCCGGAAGACGUACGACUCCGUACCGGGCAAUCUGCGACCGCUCGCGAAGCGGAUCAACACCGUGAUUACGAGGGAUGUGGAUGGAGUUGGGGAGCGGGUGAGGAAGGAUUUGGAGAGGAGGAGGGAGAAACUUGCGUCUUCUUCUUCUUCUGCUUCAUCUUCAUCUUCAUCUGCUGGGGCGGUUGCUGGUGCUGGUGCUGGAGCUACAGAGCCAGAGACCGACGCGCUGGUCUGCUCCGGACUAGAGGAGGCGAUUUCCGGCCUGGAAGAGAAAUACGCCGACAAACUGGGGAAGAUGUUUGUGAUUGGGGGCGCGGAGAUAUACGGGGCUGCGUUGCGGGAGAAAAUGCCCGCGGGGGUGAGGAUUGUUAUGACCAAUGUGGAGAAGGUUGGGUAUCGGGAAAAUGGGGACGUGUUUCAGUGUGAUACGUUUUUCCCGGUGGAUCGGGAAUUGUUGGAGGAGAGGGGGUGGAGGAGGGCGAGUGCGGAGGAGGUCACGGAGUGGGUGGGCGAGACGGUCACGGGGGAGUGGAGGGAGGAGGGCGAGGUGAGGAUUCAGAUGGUUGGGUAUGAGAGGGUGGAUUAG